GCGCGGCCUGCCUGGCCCGGCGAUGCCCCACCGGGCAGCCGCACUUCCGCCGGCCCUGUCCUAGGGCCGACCCUACGCCGAGGGGCGAGGCGGGGCGCCGCGGCCUGCGGGGAGCUUGCGGUGACGGGGCCUCCGAUCUGCGAAGCGAUCGUGAAAUGCUGCGUCCGUUCCAGAUGCGAGGCUCUUUCUUUUUCUUGUUAGAGGAAGGUUGGGUAGGGAGCGGCGCAAGGUGCCUGGGAGCAAAAGGUGGCGGGGGGCCCGACCUGUUGUAACUGACAGAGGGCCCUGCGCAGGGGUGCGCGCCGUGCUCGAUUAAUGUCCUGUUUUCCACUGAUCUUUGCAGCACGGGGCAAGGAAAUUCUUGUAAAUAAGAUGUUUCAGUCUAGAUUUGAAAACCCUAAUCAAGAGAUUGUUCAUUUUCUUAAGAAUAGCUGGAUUCCUACAGUACAAGCAUGGAAGUGGUCUUGCAUUAUCGACCACAUCAGACCAAUCUAACAGAAGUGCAGAAAUUUGCAGAAGCCGCAGUGAAGGAGUUUCCUAUUCGUCAGUUACCAAGAUUUACACCCUGGUUUCCAAAUAAUUUACACAGACUUCCCCUCAAACCAAAAAAGCAGCCACCUGUUAUUUCUUGUGAGGAAACAGAAGAAUUGAAACAACUUUCUGCACCUUCAGGAUAUGUUACAGGAUCUCCUGACUAUGACUGUACAAAAAGUCUCCUUGAGUUUCAGUCUAACAUGAAACAAGGGCAGACUUUAAUCCAAGCACAAACUGCUUACAGACCAACUGACUCGGAGAAUCAAGGGAAACCACCACCUAAUGGAAGACAGACAUUGAAAAGAUCUUGGAGUGUCUCUCUCCCUAGCCCUAAGCUUAAAGACAAGAUUAUUCCUUUAUCUCAAGAACUGCAAAACAGUUUGGCAAGACUAAAACUACAUGCAUUUUAUAGAGCAAAAUGGACAAUUGAGCAGUCUGUUUGUAAUAAUCAGAAUUUGGAGGACAUCUGGGUAAAACUGAAUAGACUCAUCCAGCAGAAUGAACUGCCUUCUUGCAAUGCUACUAUCCAAAGAUCUGUGGGACAGAUAUGGAUCUUCUGUGAUAUAUUAUACUGUGAAUAUGUUAGAAAUAUUCUUAGGGAAAAGCUAAGCCUUACUGAUAAAAUGGAUUUGCUUGUACAUAGAUUUGGAAUUAUAUUUAGUUUAUAAUUGUAAGACAGAAUUUCAUAAUAAAAUUACUGUCUGAAGUACUAGAGUUUUUAAGCAACACGGAACGUACAGUCUUUAGAACAAAUGAAGUAACAAUUAGAAAACUACUUAAUUGUACUUUGCCAGAUGUUUUUUAACUCUUAGUAAUAUAUUUCUAGUUUUGUUUUACUAGGGGACAUGUGAGUGGUUUUCUUAAGAUUAAUAUGUUUCUGUUUGGCGUAGUAUUGCAUUUUGUAGGUUUUUUCCUACCUUGAUGCUUUAAAGGAAAAAAAAAGUCCAAUCUAUUAUGGCACGCUGUGUCUGAUAAUAAAAUUUAUGCUUCCAAUCAAGCAAA